AUGAAGAUUAUCGGACGCUUAUUCGUUUUCCUAAUUCUCACAGUCCUUUUGUUCACUCUCAUUUUCGUUACCUCAACUUCCGACUGGAUUUCUGAACUUUUCGAAGACGAGGAUAAAGAUGAGCAUUGUGUGAAUCUUCCGCCACAUAAUUAUGUCCAUCCGGUGAGUUUCUGGGACAGAAAAAGUGUGAUUCAUUUUGGAGGUUAUUUGCGAAUUGACUUUAGACGCUCAAAGUUCUGCUCGUUCAACUGAUGUGUAACAGCUGGCGAGCAAAUGUUGCGGCGGGCUCAAAAAAAGAGAGAGAGAGAGAGAGAGAGAGAGAGAGAGAGAGACAUUUAUUAGAAAUUAACAAUACACACAGACCAUGUUAGACAAAUAAGAAUAACAGUUUCUUACAGGUAUUUCUGGCUAGUGGCCCUCCAAUACAAAAAGAACCGCGACCGUCUUAUCACCCAAACAGAACUGAGAAAUCCGCAGAAUUACACUGUGACUUCAAAAAUAAAACAGUCAUAAUUGUCCACUCACACGUCAAUCACACGAAACUCCGAGCAUAUCAACGAAGUACUUUCACCAGGAAAUGGCUGGAUCGGGUUUGUUAUGACAAUGAGUUCCCGAUUCCUAUUCUCGGAAUUCUCUUGCAGAAUAACGCUAUAAUGUACUUUGUGGUAGCCAGCGAAGACUCCUCGAACAUUGACGAUGAGAUGGAGAAGUUUGGAGAUGUUUUGCAAGUGGAUGCUGUUGAAAACUAUCAUAAUAUCACAUACAAAGUCGAUUUCUGCAAUUCAUUCAUAGUUUUUGACGUGUGCUUUUCAGGCGAUCUACUGGAUCCGAGAGCUGGCUAAAUGCGAGCACGGUCCGAAAAUAAUAGUGAAAAUCGAUGACGACGUGCAUACGGACCUCAUCGGAUUGCAGUUUUUGAUGAAACGGUUAAUAGUUUUUAAUGGAGCAUCGAAAGAAUUCAAUUACUCUAGGUAUUACACUCUUGACGAUUUUAUCGCUUGCCGAGUUUUACCGAAUGGCCAAGUUGUGCGAAAUCCUGCCUCUAAAUGGUAUGUUGCUGGUGAACAUAUGCAAAAAAUUAGAAAAGUCCAGGUAUUUGUCAAAAGACGAGUACAAGUUCAACAAUUUGGGCACCUAUUGUCAAGGAAUGGCGUAUUUGAUCAGUGGCAAUUUGCUUCCUAUUAUUCAUGGAAAUAUUGAGAAGUCGCAGAUUCUUUGGGUGCGUGAGAGAUAUUUGAAACCAGGUCUGGGAAUAAGAGCGGCCCAGGCUUUUUGAAAGACUGUCGCGGCCUGCAAUAAUCCUAUCAAACGCAAGCCUCGGACCGAUUAGAUUAUCAGGAAAAUCUUCAAAAGUCCAAGCCCACGAAAGCCUUUUAGAACGCCGGGCCGUCUAAUCGCCCAGCCCUGCUUGAAAUCAAUAUUCACAUUUGUUUUCCAGAUGGAUGACUGGUACGUGACCAGAUCCUUAAUCAGAGACUAUAAAAUAAGCUACUACUCUCUCGAUCAACACAUAAUGUCUCCAAAUUCUGAAUCAGAGUUAAAAGACGGUCUGAAGAACGUUCGAAAACAGAGAUAUCGCACGAUAUUCGCUCAUUUCCGACCGCCACAGAAGUAAGCCCUCCCCCCCUCUUCGUUCUCGAUUUUACGUGACACUUUCCAUUUCCAGGUUCCCAAUGUACCGUCGGACACGUGUUUGGGCCAACAUUACUGACGUCAACAACUCGUGUGAUAUUCUGAAAGCGUGGAGAAAGAAAAAUGUGGUAACUUACUAA